UAUAUUUAAAUCAAACUCGAGUCGGAUUGUCGGACAUAAAAAUAUGUAAAUGGCUAUGUAUGUGUGCAUAAAGCAAGCGAUGUAUUACAAACACUAACCCUGCAAAGAUGUCGAUUUCAAAAUUAUUCGUGAAAGUUUUCAAUGAAGACAUAUUUGAGCAAUUGGAUCAGGAUAACUACAACUCUGACUUGGAAGAUGAUUUGGAAGGAGCGAAUUGUUCCACUAUACCUGACCCGCGAUCGCCAAAGCUUGAAGAGCUCUCCGUGACAAAGCAAAUGACAAUUGUGCGGAACUGGCUGGACGAUAAAUUCCAGCAGAUUCAAACGGACAGCAAUGAGGAAAUACGCAAACUUUAUGUGGAGACAGAAGCGCGUAUUGGUCCCGAAUUGGCUAUAUUCGAUGUAGACUAUACGACAACUGUGCGUGUGUCUACUGACAGAUUGGCCUUGCGCUCGCAAGGCAGUUUCAACACGGUGCGGGCUAAUUGUUGCGUUUAUGGCGGCCGUUGGAUGUAUGAGAUUCAACUACACACCAAGGGUGUUAUGCAAAUGGGCUGGGCGGGCAGCACUUGUGGAUUUAAUGAGAAUAGCGGUGUAGGUGACACUAAGCACAGCUAUGGCUACGAUGGCAGCAAACAACAGGUCUGGCACAUCUCUACCAGAAAGUACGGCGACAAGUGGCAAAUUGGUGAUAUUAUCGGUGUCACCAUUGACGUCGAUAGGGAGGUAAUUGAAUACUAUCGCAAUGGACGCUCCAUGGGUGUGGCAUUUGACAAGAUUCAGCGAGGACCAGGUAUCACAUUCUUUCCCGCUAUCUCGCUAGGGUACACACAAGGUGUACAGGCGAACUUUGGCAAUCGCCCGUUUGUCUAUCCAGUCGCCGGCUUUCAGCCCCUGAUGGCACGACCCAUUCUCAAGCUUCGUCGUGCAAAUUUAAUUAUGGACUAUCUCCUCAAUUUGGCGGGCAUUUUCUCGCACUAUAACGCUCAGGCCAGCAACAAAGACGACGUGGCAGGCGAAGUACGGGUGUCAACGAAGAAGACAGUCUAUUGCAUUUUUGCAACGCUACUUAUUGAACGUUUCACGAACGAGGUAUUCGAUCCCUACAUAAUCGAGGACGUUUUGUUGUCGCGGAUCACACACAUGACCACUCUGCAGGCUGAGAAGGAAAAUCCACAUAGUGUAUUAAUGGGGUUAUUGUCCUUGUUCUGGAACUUCAUGGAGGCCGAUGAAGUUAAGUUUGUGCUGCGCAAGCUAGUGAAUGCCCUCUUGGCCACCUACUCACACACUGUGCAGGGCGUGGACUAUGAGAAGCAUCGGCAGACGUUAAGCACACUCCAUUGUAUCUGUUUGCAUGAGCAAUCGCGCAAAUAUUUGCUGGAGGGAAAACUGUUCAAGAAACACUGCCUUGCGUUCUUUUUGUACAUACAUCCGCUGGAGUUUUAUAUAAUGGAAGAGCUUCUGCCGGACUAUAUGACUUGGACGGAGGGAAUUGAUGGACCUAAGGAUAAAUAUUUUAAUGUUGUAGAAAAAGUACGCAAGAUUACAGAAAGCUUGUACGCAGCUCAAAAGGACCUGCUCAACACGCUGAUGAUCAACUCAGAUGGUGGAUCCGAUUCGCCUUCUAGUCGGAAGCUGUUUUUAAGCAAAAUGCGACGCUAUGUCAUAGACCUAAGUAUGGAGCAACGGCCAUUCCACGCCUUUUUCUUUAUGCAAUCCAGCAUACAGCAUCCGUUGGACCCGCCGGUGGCUCUAGCUUUUGUCUGUAUCUUAAUCGAUCAGGUGCGAACGCUGUUUAAGGAUGAGCUGCCCACUCAUUCAAUGGAGGUAAACUGCGAUUAUUUUUUGGAUGGCACAUUUGAUUACAUGCACUUUGAUCGAGUUGGCGGCGUAUUGUCGCAUCUGCGUAAAGUCCAUAGAGGGGACAUUGACACAUAUUUGGGCUCAGAACGAGCUCAGCAAAUUUAUGAUGAGGAUCGUAACUCUAUAAGAGUUAAUGAAGUGGAUACUACGCUUUAUCUAUUAGGCGAGAAUAUCAACAAUGUUGCGGUAAUUGGACACACUCAGGGUGCUAAUAAUUCCACAUUUACCCACUUUCUAAAUCCGCGGACACCUCAAUCUUUGGAUGCAGCCCCCGGCAACUUGGUUUCUGAAGCUAGUGUGUGUGAGCUACUAGAUAUUUGCGUACUCUUCUACUAUUCUGCCGGACACAAAUAUAUAAUUAAGGUAGCAGCUGUACGGGAUGAAAUAGCUACACUGAAUGAAGUUCUCAAAGAGACAAAAUACUAUCGCGAGGAUAUUGAGCGUCGGCUCAUAGCAAUUGAACAGCAUACGAAUGUCUGUAUGAAUGAGAAUCAUCAGCAUGUGAUGUCGGAGUUACGCGCCAAAUUUAGUCAGCGACAAAAUGUGUUCGCGGCGCGCUCCAUAUCGCUGGCACGGAAACAAGUUUGGCUUCGAGCCGUAGCACUGAAUAAUCACCGACGAUUGUUGUUGAUAUGGUUGCUGGAACGAAUCCUGCGGUCAUUAACGACCGCUUCGAGCAUGGGUCCACUCUUUGCAUUUGUGCCAGAGGUUUACAUAAAUACUUUGCCCAUUUUGUUGGAUAGUGUGAUGGAUUUUAGUCAUCACGAUAUGCGUUCACAGUUUGACGUGUCGGAUGCCGAAUGUAGUUUGAAUGCUGCGGCCGAAUUUUUGGCAGUACAUUCAGCGGAUUCGCGAAUUGUGCUUGCUUCUUGCAAGGAUUCCUUGUUGCAAGCAUUGGGCACCCUCACAUGCCACAAGGCGGGCGUGCGUGCUCUCGAACGUAGCUCAAAGCGCGCUCAAUCGUGUUUAGUACGCGCUCUCUUGCGGCCAUACGAGAAUCGAGCUUGGGGCCAGAGUAAUUGGCUGCUACUGCGAUUCUGGUUAGGGGAGGGCUAUGCUUUCAAAGAUGCACGCCAGCCCAGCGUUUGGCAAGGUGGUUCACAGCCCUUACAUCAGGGUUUGUGCCGGAGUCGUUCGAGAAACGAAACGCAUACUGGACUACUGCACAAUGUGGCGCCGGCAAAUCCAUCCAAGCAUUAUCAACGACUAAUUGGAUCUAAGCUAUAUGAGGACGAGCCAUUUGCUACGACUUUCCUCAAUUCUGUGCUGAGUCAAUUAAAUUGGGCUUUCUCCGAAUUUAUUUUGCUUUUGCAAGAGAUACAAAAUACUGCUCAGCGUCAGGAGAAUACGCUAUUUGAACCAAAACAAUUAAAGAUAUGUUCCAUGUGCUUUGAGCUUACUGUUUCGCUGAUGCGUUGCCUGGAAAUGAUUAUAACCGUUGCGCCGGACGUUGUGACCGAUGAGUCGCGGCCAAAUAGUGAUUUGCUAUUAAAUCGUAUUUGCCAGCUAAUCAGUCAGGUACUCUCACGUGUCACUGUACCACCCGGCUGCUUUCAAUUUGUGGUGGACAUGUGUUCGGCCGAUCUGAAUGCAGUCACCCACUUUCCGAUCAUUAGUGCUGCUUUGGGCAUAUUGAUGGCAUUGCUGCGCCGUGAAAUGGAUAGUGAUGUUACACCGCAGAAGGUGACUCGCAUAUCGCGUGCCUUUCUCACCGAUCCCAGUUUUCAGUUUGCCACGCUGGAGUUUGCGCUGGGCGAGAUACGAACGCCACUCUUGGAGCAAAAAGAGAUACCACGUGGCAAUUUUGAUCCUUCGUCGCGACCGCACAUUGAUCCGCUAACCAAUGAUGUACGCUUGCCACAUCUCAAUAACUCGAAGCGCAUACGCGCUGAUCCACCGAUCAUUAAGUUUGCGCUUUCUGACUAUCCCACGCAUGUCUCCCCGGCAGAGAUCGAAGAUGUUCGCCAUCUAAUCGAAAGUCUGCGCAUCAAACAGAGUCUGCUCUCAGAUAUAACGCUGCCCUCGGAGGACUCGUUGUGUCCCAUUUGCUGUGCCAAGCCAAUCACUGCCGUUUUUACGCCCUGCAAACAUCAAUCCUGCAGCGACUGCAUUAUGCAACAUAUGAUGAAUUCGAAAGUGUGUUUCUAUUGCAAGACCACCAUACAGACAAUCGAGCUGCUGGAUGGCACCAUCAUCUACUCCAAUGAUGAAAUGAUUGCUACCGACAGUACUUAAGCCAAAAAACCCCACCGCAGGAAACAAAAAAAUCUAGUCACCUUUAAGAAAUUGCUACGCUCAACAUGUGGUGAUUUACACAGAAGUACAUACAUAGCUAUAUAUUUUUAACUUUAGUUUCUUUUCAUUUUGCAUUUUGCAUAUUUAAUGCUUGCAAUUAUUUGAGAUGUGAUAUGCUAAAGUGCAAUUUAGAACAGCUCUAUUAACUAAAACAAAGUACACACUAAAUUAAAUAGUAG